AUGGAAUAUUUUGAUAAUAUGAUUAUCUUUGAAAAUUAGUUAAUCUAAAAUUUGAUUGAUUAACAAUUAGAUUAAGUUUAUGUAGAUUAUUCGAAUUUAGUAAUUUGAUUGAAUAAAUAAUUAGUUCAUACACUUAAGUAAGAAGAUUUAACAACAAUAAAUAUUCCAAUUUUUUUUAAAUAUGUGUCCAUAUCAUGAUUUGCCUAUUUCAUUCCUUCAUAUGGGAAAAUGA